AGGAAAGAAGGAGUGAACAUAAAACCAGGGACAGAGAGGGUAGGCGCAGAUUCUCUGAAACAACAGAGAAAUUCAGUCAAGUAGGAAUCUGAGAGAGGAAACGUGAUAUUGAUUACCUGCAAAAGGCAGCUUCUGCUGGUGUGUAGGAGUGCUGGAGAGUGAGGGGGCAGCUAGCAGUCUGUUAUUAUAGGGUCAACAGUGGCUAAAGCUGACUAGCAAUGAGGGACCAGCUGUGCGUCCUGUCAAUUGGGCUGCUACUUACCAAUACCCAAUUCUCUGCGAGCACUGCAGGAGAGAACCCUGAUGCAAUUUUCAAGGUUUGCAAUAAAGAUUUCCUCGAUAAAAUCAUGGAAAUCUGUGGAGGAUGGGUCUGGAAAUCUGAAAUUCCUGAUGCACAUGAUCCAUCCCAGGAAACACCAGAUAUGAUGGAACUGAAGAAAAAGAUGAUGGAGCUUGUAAAAAAUGGGAUUCAGCAUAUUGAGUCGUAUGAAAGGAAGCAGUCCUUUCAUGACGUGGAGAAUCAGGAUGAGCAGUUGUCAGCAAACAUCUCCAAGACUGCACAAGGCAGGGUCCUUCUCCUGAGGGAUCUCAUACAGAGAGAACUCACAAGAAGAGAAGUCACACUUUCUGACAAAUGCUGCAACACUGGUUGUAAAUACCAGGAACUUGCUACCUUAUGUGAAGCAUGAAGUGAUAACAGUAGAAUUUAUAUGCUUACAGAAUAUUUCCGCACAAGGGUACAAAACGUUAAUUCAACCUUUUGACAGGGAAGAUAAGUUGGCUAAACAUGCACUUUGCGAGUCAGGAUUUGCCAGACUUAAUGGUUGGGAAAUCAUGCAGAGUUGGGUGAAUUAAUUCCCAAAUCAAACAGUGCAUGCUGUUGGAGGAAAAUCUGUAUUGGGGUAGGAAUAGAUCUUCAAGACUUGUAGUCACAUUUAAUUCACUAAUAAAUAAGAAUUUUGCAUUA